GUGGGAAGCAAGUGUUUUAACCACUGCACUAUCGGGCGCCCCCGGUCAUGCUCAGGUAACUCUCGUUGACUAUAUCGAUACCCCCCUCCCUCCCACACACCGGAAGAGAAAAGUUGAAGCCUGGAGUUCGUAUCAUAUAGCGAGUCGCUCGAUAUCAGUGGGCAAAUCAAAUACAGCUCAACAACAAGCACCUUCGACUGAGCAGCUCACCAUGACUGAAAAAUCUUCAUCGCAGUCUCGAGGGGGGACUGGUAACAGAUUGGAUACACUGUGUUGCUGCGAGUAUGAGAAUGAGCAUGGGGAAAGAAGUCACAUUCUUGCCUGCUGCUGUGACUGUCAGGCUCUGGAUGAAGCUUGUGACAGAUGUGUGACGUGUCGUGUAGUGCCCUCAUCUACUGUCGAUCAGAUAAUGAACACACUUGCAGAUCGAUGUCGUGUUCCAUCUUUAACUGGCAAGGGAGCUGUUAAAGUCAGAAUGGAUAUCGUCACACCUGUUGUGAUGGUGCCAUGCUGUCUUCUUUUUGCUUCUUGGGCCUGCUGCUACUGUAUUAGCUUUUCUCUUGAUGCCUGCAUUUAUCAUAAUAUUUUACCAGUCUGGCGUCGACAAGGGAAUCGCAGAACAUCUUUCUUCUUUGCUUGGGGGUUGACAUCUGUGAUAUUCUGUUACCUGAUUUUUCAGACUUUGGUUGUGGCUUUUCGAGAAAUCUUGCUGUGGGAAAUUCUUCUGCAGUUCUCUUCAACCAUGUUAAUGUUGUACAUGCUUACAAAGCUAAAGGCAACCCUGGUCAUCUUAGAUCAGGGGACAGAACUCAGCAUCACAUUGUCAAAACGAACGAUUGUGGCAGGGCGGCGUGCAAGUCUCCCCAAUGGCACAACACUUUAUGACCAUUCAAGUGGUCAGCCACGAGACGAAGGGAAUCAAAUUUAUGACAAAGAUUCUGUUGAAAUAUCAAUACCGACUGACCAAUCAUUGUUGGAUGCCUCAAGUGUUAAGUGGGUUGACUCACGACCUAUUAGAGAUGGGAAAUUAAUUACAUGGUGCAGUUCUUGCUCCUUCAAGCGACCACCAAGAGCUGGUCAUUGCAACAUCUGUGAUGCCUGUAUUGCUGUCAGGGAUCAUCACUGUGUAUGGAUUGAUCAUUGUGUGGGGGCCAAUAACCAUCGCUCAUUCCUGGCAGCAAUGGUUCUGUUUGUUUGUGUGCUUUAUGGCUCUCAUCUCACCUUGACUUCUAUCUGCACACCAAUCAUGCUUUAUGACUGGUUCCUUUUUCCAAGUGAUUGCCGUUUCCUCUACCAGAAUUUUUUUACCUCGAUGAGUUUUGUGUGUGCUGUUUACACACUGAUUGCCACAGCUAUCAUGUCAAUAGCACUGGUGUAUCAGUUUAUUCUGAUUAGCCAGAAUGUCACAUCACAAGAGCUUCACACAGCCAUGUCUCGAGGCCUCGUUCACUGCUGCUGUUUUGCCUCAUCUAAUGUCAAUAACCAAGGUUUCUUCCGCAACUGGCUUGAAUUCCUUUUGCUUCCUGCUCGUCCAGCAUCCCCAAAAUUCCAUCAUAGCAAAGUUCAUCAUACACUAGGGUUGUGGCUAAGCUCCAUUUUAAAAAAAAACAAAAAACAGAAUGCCUUUAGCUGUGAUGUAGAAUGUUCCACAUUCUAGUGUUUUUUAUUGAGUGAUUUAAGUUUUAAAGCAUAUUUUUAAAAUCUCAAUCCAAUUCACUGUUCAGAAAGGCAGAAGUGUUAUGCUUACAGAACUGAAACAUACGUGAAAGAUAUAAACAUGUUUCAGCAUACUGCUUUUCAAAGUGAUUUAAUAAUGCCCAUGUAAAUAGUUUUCAAUCAUAUUUGAAUCAGUGGAAUGUGUAUUUGUAUAUUUCCAGUUUUCCCACUCAUUGUACUUGUCAACAUGUGUCAUAUUAUGAUUCUUUCUACUUUAAUAUUCUUUGCCACUGUUUGUAUUUAAAAGGGUUUUUUAGUUUCUCCAGUAUUUUUUUUUUUUACUGCAUUCUUUUGCCCAUGUGGUAUUUAUAAAUUUAAUGUCUUUCUGCAGUUAGUUUUCCAUCCACAUUGUGAUUAUCAUUAUUUAAAUAGUCGGCGGUGAUCUUUCUGUUUUAGCAAUAGAAAGUUUUUCUAGUAGACUUGGGAAUGUAGGUUUUUCCUUGAGAAGAAAUGACAAAUAACCAACUUUAUCAAUCCCAGUGGGCUAUCAUAACUUUUCAAAUAUGCUUAGAUACAAAACUGAUACAACUGCUGAACUGAGAUCAUCUUAGUUACAUAAGUCAUGAAUAUUGAUUUAUUUUCAUUACCUUUAUGCUGAGGCAAGUUUUUUUUUUUUUUAGAAACAGGUUUAAAUUAUCAGCGCUGAUUUUCUAGAAGUACCAAAAAGCAGACAUUGUAGCUAAACUCAGGGAAAUUAUAAAUGGUUCAUAGUAGCUGUGAUCAAAAUGUUAAAGUGCAAUUUUUUUCAUCCUUCAGCAGUAUCAGAAAUAAGAACAUCAGUUCUUGUUCAUUCCCUAAACAGAUUUUUGUAACUAACAGGUAAUAGCAGCAUACUUUAUUAACAUUCCAACAGCUUUGAUGAUUCUAUUCAAGUUUGCUGUUAAAACAUUCUUGUAUCUGCAUUGCUGUUUGGAAAAGGAAAAUCUUCUUGUGCUCUUAUUAGUGUACUAUCAUGUAGUUGACAUUGCUUACCUGCACAAGCAUUUUUCUUUUUUUUUUUUUUUUUUUAAAACAAAAAUCAUGUGUCCAAAAUAAGCUUCUUGCAUUAAGAAAGCCUUUCCUUGUGAUUUUAUUUUGAAGGGCAAAAUUCAUGGAGUGUAAAACAAGUCUGAUAACUACUUUUACAAAUUAAAAGAAAGAUCAAAUUGACAAAAAAAUCUGUAGGAUUAAUAUCACCACUAUAACAACAUUCUGUAAAGUAAAUAUUUUCUUAGACUUCUGUUCCAGUUUAGUGGGUGUGCAUGAGGUGAAGAUUGAAUUUUUGCUGCAUGGUGGAAAUGUUAGAUAACUGAUCCUUGAUGUGUUGAUAAUGAUGAAAGAUAAAUGCGAGGGAAAAAAAAAUUAAGACAUUCUAUUUUUGCAUAUGUAACAUAUUCUAGUACAUCUUGAGCCAGUACCACUGUAGUACAGGCAAACAAUUACACAUUUUUAAUUUCCCUUUUUUUUUAUCCUUAUCUUUUUGGAAGACUUUUUUUUUGUGAAAUCGAUGCAGGUUGUGUGAAUCUGUUGCACCAUAUUUCAGACAGAAAAACCAAAAUCUGCAAGUUGUUUUCUACAAGAUUUGCCAUUUCUUCGUCAUGGUAGAAUUCCAAACUGUUCCUAUUAUCAUGCACUUUCAAAGGUCAGUUACUGUUGCAUUUGCAUUUAUACGCAUAUUCUCACAAAAUGAACAAGCCUAAAGAAUUCAACUUGCAGAAUCCUUAUUUCCAGUGUGUGUGCAUGCUAGCGGGGUUCAAGAGAGUAGCAGAAAGCCUUUGUCAGUCUUGCAUAAGAUGUUUUGGAUUUGAAUUUUAAUAGCUUUUGCAUAUUGUAUGCGCUUCUGCUCUCAGUGCCAGGGCCUUGUUUGAUAAAUUCAUACUAUGAUUGUGCACAUAUUGUGAUUUCUGUAAUAGUCACAGGACUCUGAUAGGCUAAGAGAACUCAGUCCUGUGCAAUAGAAUCUCUAAAGAUGUUGAUUUCUCCCUCACCCGAGCCCUGCUUCCACAUCUAGUCUUCUUUUUUACAGGGACUUUUUUUCAAGCAUCAGCCUUGUCAACCAUUCUUCAUUGUCUGUCCAUGAAAAUGAAGCUUUGCAGAACAGCCAGCCCUAGUCUCAGCUCUCUUUUCCUUCUAGUCCAGCAGUCUGUGCAGUUUGUCAGGUUAACCCCACUCAGGGAAACCAGGCUGGUUGUUCUCCACACAAAAACAGGGAGACCUCAUGAUAAAUAUAUUUUUUUAACUCCUUAACUUUUACAAACAGGUUGGCAUGUGAAAACUACUCUGUUUAUGUUCCGGAUACAUGGUUUAGAUUUGGGUGUAGUUUGUCCCAAUUUAUCGUGCUGCUUGAUGAAUUCAUAUCUGAGGGUGUAUAAGUAGCCAGUGGGUCUGAAGUUUCUGUAUUUCUUUAGUAUUUUGACAUUUUAGUACUCUAGAGCCAAACAAAAUGUCUUAUUCAGGCUUUAAGUGGGUGCCACAAAAUGUGAAAUAAUGUUUGCAGGAAAUGUGAAUGUUUGUGAAUUAAUAACUCUCUUAUUAUGUGUUCAGUCUGGAUUUUUCAACAUUCCAGCUUAUGUGUACUUGAACACUUGCAUAGAAGACAUAUUUAGUGGUGGUUAGGUAUAUGUGUGCAACUAAGUUGUAUUUGCAAACUGUUGUACUUCCCCAUGAGAUGAUUGUAAAAUCUGAAAGGACUGUUACUCCAUUAAAGAUGUACAUCCAAUAAAUGGACACAAUUGUGAACAUUGAGCAAAAUCUUACCAAUUAUUGCCUUUGUGAAGCUUAGUUUUAAGAAAAUGUACAAUAAGGCCAGGAUCAGUGUUUUUUUAAUUUGUAAUCAGUUUAUUACAGGACAUGUUGCAGCUGUACAGAUUUACUUGAUAUGGUCUUUAUACAUCCAUGGUUGUUUUUCACAUUUCUAAUGUUGGUACAGACAAGAUGUAUAAUGUAAACUGUUUCUCUAUAUAAUCAUACAUGUAUAUAUUUCUAUGUGACAUACAUAUGAAAGCUUUGUGUUUUUAUGAAUAUUAAGACUUGUUUAGUUUCACAAAUUUUCUAAAUUAUGUUGGCAAGUAUACUGUGGUCUUGGUUAAAGAGCAAAAAUCGACUUCUGUGUGUGUAUGAUGUGUGGAGGUUAAAGUGACACAACUAUGCCUGUAUUUUUAUUUUCAUAUCUCAGCGAGUUAGAGUACUAACAGCCACAUGCAUAAUUACCUAAUUCUCAUUAUCAGGUACAAGCUUACAUCAUUUUUGUAAUGAAGCUGAUGAGUACAUCUCUGUCAUAAUGAA